AUGGUGCACAUGGAAGCCCGAGUCUCGAAGGAGACUCUCACAGCAUUACAGACGGACCUCACUUUACGAUGCUUUCUCACUGCCCGUUUUAAACGCGAUUUGUCCCGACACUCCGAAAAUGUCAUUCCCUGGGCACAUUCACGCGCCGAGGAAGUCAGUACUACAUUACUACGCGAUAUUGGACUACCGACCACCGAAUUCAAUAUACAGAUGAAUAUAAUCCAAAUGCUCCGCUCUUCGACGAGGGUCUACAUCUGUUACGAUAUCUUCCUCGCCGAGUGCGAUAAGCAGCUUCGGGACGAGAUCCACAAGAGCUUCAUACCCAAGCGACCAAUACACCAGGUAGUCAAGAGUGGAAAUGUCUACCACAUAGCGAUGAAGAAGGGGAUGGAGCAAAUAGUGGCCGAACAGUACUUGGGGAUGCGAAGUUCCGAUUCAGGGCCACUGCCACUCUUCUCUGAUUUACAAAAUCCGCCAUUAUAUAUAGAUGGUCGUCGUGUUGAAGACUGGGGACAACAGGAAGAAGAACAUAGCCCAGAGCGAGCCAGUGAAGAGGUCGAACUGAAUAGCCUAGCUAAUCUUGGCGAUGGCGGGACGGAACACCGGCUAGCUGAUGAAGACAAUGCAACUAAGGCUAUUAACUGUGCUUCUCAUGAUAAGACUAGCGGCUAG